AUGGCUGCGAGAGCUCCUCCACCGGCUCCGGUCAACGAGACCGAGCACUCCGUCAGCCGGAUCACUCGAGAGGGAAAGAAGAUAACGUACAAAUUGAACGUUAUGCAACAGCCCGAGCGUGCCAGAGCUUGCGGUGCAGGUGCUAAGUCGUCUGCGGACCGCCGUCCUGUUGACCCUCCCCCAGUUGUCGAAAUGCGUAUCUUCGAGUCGGAUCCCCAUGAUGAUACCCACAAAACCGAUAUCACUUUCGCCUAUAACGCCAAUUUCUUCCUCUUCGCAACUCUGGAAACCGCCCGCCCCAUGGCCCAAGGCAGACUUGCGCCAACCCCGAGUUGCCCAGUUCUGACUGGUGUCCCGGUAGCUGGUGUGGCUUAUUUGGACCGACCAUCUCAAGCUGGAUACUUCAUCUUCCCCGAUCUUUCGGUGCGACAUGAGGGCGUUUACCGCUUGAGCUUCCACCUGUUUGAGCAAACCAAGGAUGCGAAGGACGCCACUGAAGGGACGCAGCCCAUGCCUCCACCAGUUCCGGGCAAAUUGUCAGCACCACAACAGUUUUUGGACUUCCGAUUGGAGGUGGUCCCUGUCCCAUUCACGGUCUAUAGCGCCAAGAAGUUCCCCGGAUUGACCACUAGCACCAACCUGAGCCGUGUCAUUGCAGAGCAAGGCUGCCGCGUCCGUAUUCGACGGGAUGUGCGUAUGAGACGCCGUGGAGACAAGAGGACAGAUGACUAUGAUUAUGAUGAGGAGAGGAUGUACAACAGUCGACGCGCCAACCGAUUCGUUACACCAGACGCCUACGCCAACGCUCCUGAACGUCCUCGCUCGACAAGUAUCAGCACUGUUGACCAUGCAUAUGGCUAUCCAUCCCAGCGUCGCCCGUCAGGUGCCGAGUAUGGACCACCAAACCCUCAGCCUUACCAGCGGCCGAUGCCGUCUACUCCUGCACCAUCCUCUACGCCCAUCCCGCCUCCGAUCACGGCUCCUGGCCCAGUUGCUAUCCCUUCUGCAACGCCUUCGCCUGCUUCUGCCCAUGCACCAGCACCUGCUGCUGCUCACCCGCCACUACACACUCCCUCAUACCAAUCUCACUUGUCAUUUGGUUCGACACAGACUCAGUACCCAGCUCCCCCACUGUCUCAUGUUCCUCAGCCAGCAGCUACCCCGACAAACAUGUAUUCUCCUCGACCGUCGAUAUCCCACGGAAGAAACCCAUCAACAAGCAUGGAGUACGAGCACUCUUACCCGUAUCCGCAUUCGCGUAUUCAAGCAGAGCGCCCGCAAAGCUACCCGAAACCACCAACCGCGUCUUUGCCUCCGCUACGUCUUCCAAACACUUUCAACAUGCAACCUGGUGAAGGCCACCAUUCUCUCGAAGCCCCUGGAGUUCCUCGAUCCCAAACUCCUUCCAACAUGGUCACCUCUCUACCACCCAUUCAAACAUUGCCAGAGCUUCCACCGGCUUCAUCUCAGCCAGCGAGCAGUAUUGGGUCUAGCCCAGGAAAUGACUAUGGACCCGUCAAGGGCCUUUGGGAAACGAACCAGACGUUAUCGAAACGGACCCAUGAGGAAACAUUCGGACAUGACGACCGGCCACUUUACAAUGGCAUGCGGCCUGAUAGUGAAGCCUAUCCUGGUGGGAUGCAGCGUCGUCCUUCACACGACCGGGUUUCUUCGCUCUUCGGCGGCUCCGACCAGAUGGCCUAUAAGCGGGCGAAUGGACGCAUGAUGUCUUCUGCUUCUGCGGCGCGAGCUGCAGCUCCUGAUCAAAGUAUCGACAUCUGCUCCUCCGACAUUGAACCAGACCACCAGCUCCAGCACAAUCUCGAGUCAGCAGCAGCCUCGGGCCACCACAACUCCACCCGCAACUACCGCAGCUAUUCGUCCCGAAAACACCGCUGGGACGCCUGCCACAGCGAUGACGAGUCUGAUAUGUUCUCCGAGAUCUCGGGCCAAUUCGACGACGCGGAAGAAGGAUCUGACGAAGCAGAUGAAGAAGACGAACCGGAGUCUCCUCUCCCAGAACAUCCCGGUAUCCCAGCAGCAGCAGCCGCUUCUGUUUCCGCUGUAGAUGUGAAUGCCUCUGCUUCUCCCUCUGCUCACUCCGUCAAACGACGCCGAUCGAAUGACUGGCCGCACCAGUCCGUGGAAAAUGUUUCGGCACCGACAGCCCGCAAGGAACAGGCGAGUUCUCGCCAGCGCUGGCCCUUUGGUCGCUACUAUGAGCGUCAUGCGAGCUCAACCCACGGCUCACCGAGAGAUGCACGCCCCCCUGGGCGCCGGUCGCGGUUCGUCGAGGGCCACAUGAACGACACAGUGAGUGAGAAGCCACCCAGUAUCCUCUUCCGAGAUGUGGAGGGGCAAGCUCGUAGUAAUGAGCCCGCCGCUCGCGUUACGAAUAGACAGUCUGGGAUUUUCCGCUUUGGGAAGGCGAUUGCGUCUGCGUUUAAUCCGUUUGGUGGGUGGGGGAGUGUUUCUGAUAUUUGGAAGGGCUCGCAGGUUCAAGAUACGCCGCAGGAGGCUCCCAAUGAUCGGCUUAGACAGGCGGAGUUGGCAUAUGAGGAGCUUAAGCGGGCUGGAUAUCAGGGGACUGCGAAAGGGAGCUACAUGCAGAGCCUUGGCUCUGGGACGGGGAGUGCGGGUAUCCCUGAGGAGACCUGGAAGUCUAUUCGGGAGAAGAUGGAGUAUGGUAGUGCGGAUGCCAAUGGGAGUACCACUGGUGGCCAGCAUUCACGACAAGGCUCUGGACAAGCCCCGAGUAACCGUGACUCUUGGAGUGGAAGUUCGUUACUACCAAUGUUCCCGGAUCUAAGAAAGGCCAAAUCGUCGCUGGCGAUUAAGAAGUCAGAUGGCCAGGAAGUCCGGCACCAGAGAUCUCGCAAGGAUAUGCAGCGGCAGGCUAAGCUCAUGAAACGAGUCAGCAAUCUUGAGGACAAGCUUGAUCGAGCACGGCGGCAGCUGCGAGAGAUUUCCGGUGAGGCAGAGCAGUUGAUGCCCACAACUGUGAAUGACGAGAAGCCGUAUCAGCGCAAAUUCGUUCCAGGGGCACUGCCUUCGCUUCCGUCGGAACGACUCCUGCAUGGUCCUAAACCUACCACACCCCUGAGCCCACUCCCAAACGGCACUCUUGACGCGCAAGAUUCCGAAGAUCUGGCCCAGUCUCAAAUCUGUGUGAACAAGACACGGCUUUUGUCCCCGAAGCCGUGGCGCAAGUCCUCCACUGAAACCCGCUCAAGCCCUGCAAAUAGCCCAUCAUCCCGCAAACGCAAGUCUCCAGGCCCUGAAUCAAGGAAGGAACCAAACACAUCCACUCAGCAACAACUGCUACCUCCAGACACCAUACAUGCCCACAAGCAAAAGGGAGAAAAUGAACCCCCAGGUAAAUCGGCGACAGUGACAGCGACAGAACCAACCCCAACCCCUGCACCAACACCUGUGGGGGCAUCCAACACACCACAGCGCAAGCCCAAACUCCCCAAAACCGCGCGUGGUGAUAGCCCUGGCUCAGUUGAACGCAAACAAAACCAAAGACACAGCCCAGGAGUCGAGAAUGGUCUUAGCUCCCCAGCGGAAGAGCGCACACCCACAAGUCGACCGCUCCGAUCCACGACGCGCAACCGCUCUGCGACACCCGUACUCAGAAUGAAACGCGGGCGUGGGGACCUGCGUUCUACUAUAUCCCCUGGCCAUGAUGAGGACAAGGAAAACCUCCACUACGCGGAGCAGGAAAAUGACGAUGGUGGUGCUGGCGACGGCGAUACCCCAAGCAAACCCGCAGGCCACGGCCAGCAACAGGCCAUAGGAACCCCAACCCGGACCUCUAGCAGGAGAAAAGCGCGGUACGAGUACAUCCCACCUGUGCCCCCGCUGCCUAAGGACCUAGCUACGACCGCGGCAAAGGUUGAUCGUCGCCUGGCCAAGGAGAUGGGAAAGAGACGCUCGCAGAGGGAGAAUGGUGGCAUCGAUGGAGGGUUCCAGUGGCCUGAGGAUAUCUUUUAA